AUGUCAACUUCAGUCUGGCCUCCCAUUUCACCGGAUCUACUUAGGAAGGAGGAAGAUGAUUCUACGGCACGCGAACUUGCAUGGCUGCUCGACUCCCUCCAGGAGACGCUCGCAUCGCUGAAGUCAGGGCUGGAGGAGUGUUAUGCACUGCUUGCACCUAUCGAGCCCGGGAACACACUGGUGAUGUCGAGUCCGCGGAGUGAGAGCAUCAAGGGCCAUGUUACUCGCGUUGGAUCACGCAUCGUCAAAGGCCAAUUGGCACUCCGUCUCAAAACCCACUCUCCUCUGCAAUUCACACUCUCUCCAAACCACCCCCUCGUCCUCCCAGAACUAACACUGUUGCGCACCCUCCUUAACCAAAGCUUGGAUUGCAUCGAUAUCACACGCUGGACCGGCGAUCGCACCUCCCCCGAUUUCAUAGCCAGCCAAUUACACCUCCUCCACAACAUCCUCCUCGAAUCCCUCGGUCUUCUAAAAGGUCCCUCAUCUCCUCCCCUCCCAAAACCAACUCCCUAUUCCUCACCCAGCGCAGCGGCUCCCGCCCCCGAUCCCAAUCCCGAUCCCUCAAGGUACCCCAUCCCUACCCCUCCCCACAUCCAACCCUGGAACGUCAACCCUCCGGAUCCGGAAUCCUUCUCCCCUCCCCUUCCCAGAGACCUCGCGCUCUCGCUCCACGUCAGCGAUUCAAGCCUCGUGCUUACGGCGCGCACGCUGGAGAAUGCGCACCGCGAGCAGAAUCUCGGCGAGCGGCUCGCGUACGCGAUUGGUGCGCAGAGACGUCUGGAGCAUGAUGAGAUGGAUACGGUGUUUGUGUAUCGGGGGGAGGAGGUCAGGGUUAAGGAGAAGGUGAGGGUGGUGGGGGGCGCGGAUCCGAGUUUGUUGUCGUUGGGAGCCAAGUUGGGCGCGUUGGAGGCGACGGUGCAGGGGAGUAGAGUGGCGUUGGCGGUGGUGCUUGGGAAAGCGUUGGAUGAUGACUGA